GUAGCUUCAGUAUUGUCUAACCAGUCGUUCAGACACCUGGCUCUAAUCAGUAUGCGUUUUUUGGCUCUUAUCGCUUUCUGCCUGUUGGCCCUGCUUGGUCUCGCCGCCGCCAAGGGACCAGAGGAAAUCUGUGCCUGUCCCCGGCACUUGGACACGGUCUGCGGCAGCGAUGGCGUAACAUAUCCCAAUCCGUGCGAGCUAAACUGCAUCGCUAAGCGCGCUGCGCGCAAUGGCCAGGUUCUGACUCAAGUCAAAGCGGGUCGCUGUUAGACAUAAGAUUAAACGGGCUUCAAAUGUGAAACGUAUUAUCAAGUUUACUUCAUAUCUUAAGCUAAAUAAACACGUAUUUCUUGCUGAUUAUUUGAUGAGUA